AUGCUUAGUCCCAAAAGAACCAGAUUUCGUAAACAACAUAGAGGAAGAAUGAAGGGAAUAUCUUAUCGAGGCAAUCGUAUUUGUUUCGGUAGAUACGCUCUUCAGGCACUUGAACCCGCUUGGAUCACAUCUAGACAAAUAGAAGCAGGGCGGCGAGCAAUGACACGAUAUGCGCGUCGUGGUGGAAAAAUCUGGAUACGUAUAUUUCCAGAUAAACCUGUUACAAUAAGACCUACGGAAACACGUAUGGGUUCGGGGAAAGGAUCUCCCGAAUAUUGGGUAUCCGUCGUUAAACCGGGUCGAAUACUUUAUGAAAUGGGCGGAGUAUCAGAAAUUGUAGCCAGAGAAGCUAUUUCAAUAGCUGCAUCCAAAAUGCCUAUACGAACACAAUUCGUUAUUGCGGGAUAG